AUGGUGUCGGCAACAUUCUUCGUGGCUGUGGCUUCCGCUUUCGCCAUGUCUGCCAACCACGUCCAGGCUCACGGCUACAUAGAGAACCCCAAGUCCGAGUUUAAGAAAAAGAAAACAUCGGAGUGGAUCGUCCAGAUCGAUCCGCAAUGGAAGGGUGAUUGGAACAACGCCAAGGGUGACGAGGGUCUCGUGGCUCUUUACAAAGAGCUCAAGGCGUCCAACAAUGCCAAGGACAUCCGAACGCUUCUUGACAGCGACACCUCACUGUACGGUGCCGACUGUGGCUACACCAACCCGGACGUGUCACCGAAAGACCCUCCUACCGACGGUACGGCCACCUUCUCGCGCGGUAUUGUGCAUGCUGGACCGUGCGAGAUCUGGCUCGACGACAAGAUGGUGCUUCAGAACGACGACUGUCAAAGUGCCUAUGGCGAUGGUACUCAGGAGACGAUCUCGGUGUUCAAACCUGUGGACUAUUCGUCCUGUGCGUCAGGAGGCUGCAUGCUCCGCUUCUACUGGCUGGCGCUCCAGCGUUUAGACGGCAAAACGUACUGGCAGGUGUACAAGAACUGCAUCCCGCUCUCGGGUCCUGCGGGCGGAGGUGCCUCACAGACAACCCCGUCGACCGGCGAUGGAUCGAGCACCUCGCAGACGUCGCCAGCGAGCGGUGAUCACCUUCGGUUGAGACUCCUGAGGUAA